AUGAAUCACUCCUCUUUGGACAGCACUAUGAUGCUCACUUCAUUUGGAUCCUUCCGCCCACUGAACUACUUUUUUUUCUCUCUCACUCUUCUUGUCUACCUCCUCUCAAUUUUUUCUAAUGUUUUUCUGAUGCUGAUUAUCUAUUUUGAAUCCAGCCUUCACAAGCCCAUGUACAUUUUUCUGUUUAAUUUAGCACUGAAUGGACUGAUAGGAAGCUCUACUGUUUGGCCAGCAAUCAUGGAAAACCUUCUUUCAGACACCCAAAAGAUGUCAUUUCUAGCUUGUCUUGUUCAGAUCUAUUGGGGCUAUUUCUACCUAUCUUCUGCUUAUACCACCUUGUCAGUUAUGGCCUACGACCGAUACGUCUCCAUUUGCAAGCCUUUGCAGUACCACAGCAUCAUGACUCCUGGAAAAGUGAAAACACUGUUGACUGCAGCCAACAUCGUUCCUCUCUUCUCUAUCGCUAUUUUAGUGUAUCUGACUUCCAGACUUGUGCUGUGCAAGUACACUAUUCAGAACCUGUUCUGCGACCUUGUGACUAUCCUUAAUCUCUCAUGUGUGAAAAGUCUUCUGGUUAAUCUGUGUGGCGCAUGCAUGCUUGCAAGCUUAGUAGUUUUUCCUUGUACUAUUGUGCUGCUCUCAUAUGCAUUGAUCCUCACUGUCAGUCUGAAAGCCUCAAAAGGUGCACAAAAGAAAGCACUCAGCACAUGUUCUCCUCAUUUAAUCACCUUUAUUAAUUUUGGUGUGGCUAUUCUGUUCUUUGCCGUCUAUAAUAGAUACAGUUCAUUUCUACCAGCAGAGGUUUAUAUAUUGAUUACGAUCGAUGUUUUUAUGAUUCCCCCUCUAUUGAAUCCAAUCAUAUAUGGGAUCCAAACGCAAGAGAUCAGGAAAUGUUUUGUCAAAACAGUGAGGAAAAAUGAGAUAUUUUUCAGGAUUUGUGAACUUACAGUAUUUAGAAAAUCAACUAGUGAGCACAAUUCAUAA